CUCUUAUCUUCCUCUCUUUUCUUCCUCUCUUUUCCUCCUCUCUUUUCCUCCUGCCAUGGCUCCAGAAGCGGUCCUCCCCUCGGAGCCUCGGAGGCCUGCGGCCCCAGAGGAGCGGAGCGCCGUGGCUGUGAAAAGCCUCUCAUCGCUUCCUGUCUGACAGUUUGGAGUUAAUCAGCUGAACGUAACGAGCAGCAGACGCAUCAGCUCCACUUUUCUUCCUGCAGUCAGAAAAUAAAGACGAGGAAAAGCGCCUGCUGAGGUUUGGACCUGACCGGACCGACACCAGACCCUGAAAUGCGGAAGCUGCGGAGCUUUAAUGAUAAUCAGCUGGAUCCCCAAAGGAGACCUCCUCCAGAUGUUCUCCUCAGGAAUCCUGGAUGUUUAUCUGCAACCUGCAGACCACAGAACCGCUGCAAGGAGACCGGAUCCACAGAGACCCACAGAAAUCCCAAACAGCGCCCCCUGUUGGGUAGCAUUAGCUCAGAAGACAGAGGAACACGCUGAGCCCAAGGUCUUCAUGAGCCGAUGGGCUCCUGGACCUUCUGGUCCACUUUAAUGUUGAUUCUUUGAGCAGAACCAGAAUCUUUAUUUCUGACUGCUGUUCUCCAGUGAUGACCUCUGGACUCAGAUGUUCCUCAGUCUGUGGGGUUCUACCAAAGUCUGCCCAACAGCCUGGAACACCACGGCCCGCCCAGAACCAGCAGGAUGUUCUGGGUUCUGUUCUUCUGGACUAUUCAGGGCUGUCAUGAUCUCCAGGAUGAGAUGUUGGACAUCAGAGGAGCUGGAAGGACGAUGAACCCUCAGGGCUCACGGUUCUGCAGAGCAUCAGGGUCUGGACCACAGGCAGGACCAGGUAACCCACCAGAUUGGGUUCUGUAGGGGUGAAGGCUUUUCUAGAGAUGUUUCUAGAGAUGUUCUGCUGCACAGCUUCAGAGUUCUGAUAAAAUGGUUCUGGGACUUUGGGUUCUUCACAGGACUCUGGCGACAUCGUCCUGCAGAAAGUUCUGCUCAGGGUUUCUAAGAUGCCGUUUGAAGAGGAGAUCCUCUGAGACUCAGAGUUCUGUUGAGGCCCGGUUCUGACCGCCCGGACCUUUGGAGCUGUGUUUGGUUGCCUCUGCGGCGCUUCCACAGGAACCAGUUGACUUUGUGGUGGGACCGGAGCGAGCCGGCGCAGCACACACACCUGCUCCAUCUGUGUGUGAAGGUCUCCUCCUCCUCCUCCUCCUCCUCCUCCUCCUCCUCCUCUCCCUCUCUCUCUCCUUUCAAGGCCAGGCCCCGCCCCCCCCCUGUGAUGUCAGCGGCUUGGAGGAAGACCCGUGGGGUUUUUGGGUUUUGGCGUCCAGUCCUGUGGGGCCGCAGGGCUGAGAGUUUCUCCUCCAUCCCGGGCGGGCCGCCUCUGCUCCUCUCUUUGGGGAAAAGAAAAAAGGCUGAGUUCUCCAUUCGCCCGCCGAAGCUGUUUUCCUCCUGUGUUCUCUGAGGAUUUUAGUUCUUUUUCCGCCUCCGCCUUUUUGUUGGUCUCUGCGGGUUUCAUCGUGUCGGCCGACUGACAAUUUGUAAAAAACAGUUUUUCUUUUCCUCAAUCAAUUAAAGUUGAAAUAAGCCUGAAAAACAGAAAGUUCUUCAGGCAAUAAAAAAGUUUUUCUUCCUCGCAGAGAUUUCAUCGUUUUUCCUCUUCGGUCUUCGUCCUGCUGGUUUUCCUCCAACAGUCAAAAUGUCUUCCAUCCUGAAGCUCCGGUCUGCCCUGUAGACCUUCUGCUCCUCCAGAGUCCAGCGUUCUUCUUGAGGCUUCUUGGUGUUUCUGCUGCCGGCGCGGCGCGGCGCAGAGCAGAGCGGAGCGUCCUGAGAUGUUCGGCAUCCAGGACAGCCUUCCUCGCGGGGCCACGGCCAGCAUGAAGGAGGAGCCGCUGGCCGUCCGCUCCUGGAUGCACUCGGCCGGCGUGGUGGACGCCAACACUGCCGCUCAAAGCGGGGUGGGCUUAGCUCGAGCACAUUUUGAGAAGCAGCCUCCCUCCAACCUGAGGAAAUCCAAUUUCUUCCACUUCGUUCUGGCGCUUUACGACCGGCAGGGGCAGCCCGUGGAGAUCGAACGCACCGCCUACGUCGACUUUGUGGAAAAAGAAAAGGAACCAAGUGGAGAGAAAACCAACAACGGGAUUCAUUACAAACUGCAGCUUCUUUACAGCAAUGGUGUCCGAACAGAGCAAGACCUCUACGUCCGAUUAAUCGACUCCAUGACCAAACAGGCCAUCAUCUACGAGGGCCAGGACAAGAACCCAGAGAUGUGCCGAGUCCUGCUCACACACGAGAUCAUGUGCAGUCGCUGCUGCGAUAAGAAGAGCUGCGGUAACAGGAACGAGACGCCGUCGGACCCCGUCAUCAUCGACAGGUUCUUCCUGAAGUUCUUCCUGAAGUGCAACCAGAACUGUCUGAAGAAUGCAGGGAACCCUCGGGAUAUGAGGAGGUUUCAGGUGGUGGUUUCUACAACGAUCAACGUAGAUGGCCAUGUUCUCGCCGUCUCUGACAACAUGUUCGUCCACAACAACUCCAAACAUGGCCGCCGGGCCCGAAGACUGGACCCAUCCGAGGCAGCCACUCCCUGUAUAAAAGCCAUCAGUCCCAGUGAGGGCUGGACGACGGGCGGAGCCACCGUCAUCCUCAUCGGAGACAACUUCUUCGAUGGUCUUCAGGUCGUCUUUGGCACCAUGCUGGUGUGGAGCGAGCUCAUCACUCCGCAUGCCAUCCGGGUCCAGACUCCGCCCCGCCACAUCCCUGGGGUCGUUGAGGUCACGCUGUCCUACAAGUCCAAGCAGUUCUGUAAAGGAGCGCCGGGACGCUUUGUCUACACAGCACUCAAUGAGCCCACCAUUGAUUACGGCUUCCAGAGGUUACAGAAGGUCAUCCCUCGUCACCCCGGAGACCCUGAGAGGCUGCCCAAGGAAGUGCUCCUGAAGAGAGCAGCGGACCUGGUGGAGGCGCUCUACGGUAUGCCCCACAACAACCAGGAAAUCAUCCUAAAGCGAGCGGCAGACAUAGCUGAAGCGCUCUACAGCGUUCCCAGGAACCACAACCAGAUCCCGUCACUAGGAAACUCUGCCUCUCAUGGAAUGAUGGGCGUAAACUCCUUCAGCGGACAGCUGGCUGUUAACGUCUCUGAGACGACACAAGUCGGCUACAAUCGGAACACAAGCAGCGUGUCACCACGGGGAUAUGUCCCAAGCUCCACCCCCCAACAGAGCAACUAUGGCAACACAGUCAGUAGCAGCAUGAACGGUUAUGGCAACAGCGGCAUGCCGAACCUCGGGGUGGCAACGUCACCGGGUUUCCUGAAUGGCUCAGCGGCCAACUCGCCCUACGGCAGUAAGUAUCAAGUUGUUCCCUCCAGUCCCACCAUGGCUGUGUCCAACUGCAACUCGUCUCAUGGAGUUUUCUCCUUCUCGGCCGCCGUCAAACAGAAGAGCGCCUUCGCUCCGGUUGUCCGGCCAUCAGCUUCACCUCCUCCUCCUCCCAACUGUUCAGGCGGCAAUGCCAACGGGCUGCAGGCUAUGUCAGGACUCGUCGUUCCUCCCAUGUGAAGCAUUUUCCUCCUCCUUCCUCACCUCCCUCUUCACCUUCAGCCUCGAGCAACAAUCACCUCAGAGGAGGAGGGGCAUGGGGUCUCCGGAGGCGGAGCCUCAGGCAGCUGCUGACCAAUGAGAGCGAUGACCCUGUCUGCGAUUUGACCAAGCAGAUUAUGAAAAAGACUUUUGGUGAAACAGUUUUCUGCAGGUGCUUUUUCCUUUCUGGUUCUGAUAUCUGGCCUCCGUCAAAAUAAAUCUGUGAUGUCACACUUGGAAGGUGACAUCACUUCCUAAACCUGAGUAGGCUUGGUUUAAAAGCAAGAAAUUACAAAAAAAUAAAGGUAUAACCAGCUGUUUUUAACUGACUUACCAGGUGUUACCUGUGUGAUGUCACAGAGAGCUGUGGAAACACCUGAGUGCAGGUGAGGCUGAAAGUGGGUGGAGCAAACAUUCAGAGAGCUCAUUCUGAAGUCCCACAGAGCCAAUCCUGGUUUCCAUUUCUUUUAGCCCUUUCAGGAAGAUCAUUCAAAAGCUAGUUUUGAACACCUUCUGUUAUCACCUUGUUGUCUGAUAAAAAAGUAACAGAUUUAUUUAAUGCCUUUAAGGUUUUCUAAACACAGAGUUGUGUUAAAGCACAGUUUGAGAAAUGCAUAAGCCCCGCCCAUUAACAGUUUAGUUCCUCCCACUGUCUGUUUUUUAACGCGUACACUGUAAAAACUAACCCUGCAUUGGAUCCAAAAUCGUCCCACGGCCGUCCAUCUUCUCGUGUCUCGGCUGCAGCCCCCCCGUUGUUCAACGUCCCACCCUGUCACAUAAGCCCCGCCCCGUGUCUUUGUGUGGGUUUUGUGAUUUUUGCUGAAUUCGUAGCUAACUGAAAACUUCUUUGUCACUACUGUGGUUGAUGACACACCACUGCUGUUACUGUGGCGACCUGUUUUUGUAUCAUAUUAAAUCUAAAUAUUUAUAUCAGAUUGUUUUUAGUAUCAAUGGAUGUUUGUCAUAUCGUCACGUGUCUUAACGUGCGUGUGCAUGUGUUGUUGCCACACCCACCAACAGCUCUUGUUUUAUAUCACAUAUUUAUAGAUCUGUCAACCAAAGCUGCCGUCCAAUCAGCUGCACCUGUUUGUUUUUAAUGUGAACCAUGUUGUAACUUCUCCACAGUGAAUAAAGUCAGCAGGUCGCUCUGACA